CUCUCUUCUCCUUCUCCUUCCUCCCUUGAUACAUGGCAUCGGAUCUCCUUAUUUGAAUAAAUAGGCUUGCGGAUUUGUUUCUUCCAUUCAGUGCUUGCUUUUUCUUUCUCUAGACCCUGCGCAGAGAAAAAAAGACAAGCCCGUUUUUAUUGAUAUUUCUUCCUUGAUUAAAUCCCAGCCCACGGCAAAUGGAGAACGUGUACGCGACAUCGAUUGAACGAUCGGAAAACGAUUCUUCGGCAUGGCCCAGCAGCUAUUAUGGGCUCACGCGACGUAUUGAUUUGGCCAAAUUAUACCACGACAUCCUUUUAGCGACGCAGACCAAACCCGUCUUCAAACCGACGAGAAAAUGCCAUGCAAGGAGAGUCAGUUUUUCGACUGAUCCGCCCACUGUGCAUGAAUACGAACCCGAAAAUGAUGGUCACCCUUUUGCCCGAUUAGAUCGUCUCCUGAUGGAGUGCUGGCCUGGUCGCCAGACCGCUCCUGAACGGUCGCCAUCGUUGCACCGGAUCGAGGAAAAUAAGCAAGACAUGGAUACGGAUCACCAUGACGACGAUCCCGAAGGUGAUUUCUGGGUUUGGGACAAACCACUGACGAGCCAACGCAAUCAUUUGUACGUUCGAAGGCAUCACUCAUGGUGCCAGCCUCACCCUCCUUUGGACCUUCGUCCUAUUUUAAAUGAUGCAUUCAAUGAGAAAUUCAAGCACCGGCUAUCGUUACCUUCCGAUGCUAUUUUACCGCCCUCACCUCCCGAGUCUCCUACCGUGUCUUCUGCGUACGAUAGUGACGAUAGCGAGAAACAGGCUAUCGUCAUGAAAUCGUCCGAUCCAUCAUCACAAAGUACUCUCGCCCAACGCACGUUAAGACGCAUGUGUAUACCACCCUUUCGAUCACUCAACAAAGCUCCAUCCAUCGCCACGUUACGCAAAAAACUAUUCUAAAAUCGCUUUCCCGCUUUGUUUGCUUUCUUUUUCAAAAGAAUAACCACAUCUAGCACACCACAUAGAACGUCGAUUGUGUUGCCCUCGUCUGUCCUGUACCCAAGUUUCACUUGAUUUCAGAUUCUUUUCGCGGAUGCAUAAUGAAGCAAUGGCGGAUCAGGGGAACAAAAAAGAGAUGCUUUCUAAUCGCCACCGUAGCAAAUGGUCUACCAUCACUAAGCAGACGAACUUAUCGACUUGCAUAGCAUUUGCCGAACAACGGAAUCGCGCUCAUUUUGAACGGCUACAAAUUAUUGGUCGGCUUUUCCAAAUCGCGGAACUUCAUACGGACUGAGCCUCCAUUCAAG